AGGCCAGGGCCCCUCUAUGAGUUCGACACAGCGUAUAAGCCUAGGAAUAGUAGGAAGCCAGAUUGUUCAGUGAACGGCAUUUCGGUUCGCAUUCGGUCGUCAAAGCACGAGAAAAUAAGCAAUUAUGGGCGUGGAUGUUGAGGUUCUUUCACCUGGAGACGGCUCGACCUACCCUAAAACCGGACAAACUGUUGUGGUCCACUAUACAGGUACUCUUACCUCUGGGAAGAAGUUUGAUUCGAGCAGAGACCGUGGAAUUCCCUUCAAGUUCAAGAUUGGUAAGGGUGAAGUGAUCAAAGGAUGGGAUCAAGGAGUAGCCCAGAUGUGUGUCGGAGAACGCGCUAGACUUACUUGUUCACCUGAUUUCGCCUACGGUUCCCGAGGGCACCCUGGCGUUAUCCCGCCAAAUGCGACACUCAUAUUCGACGUGGAGCUGCUGAAGGUAGAGCCAUGAAGAAUGAACUUAUAAUCAAACACAUCAGAUUUCAUCCUGGCACACAGAAACAAUAUUGAAGAAUGUUCGAAAUUUUGUCUUAAAAUAGCAUUUUGAAUUAUGAUCAUUAGUUAGAUAAUAUCCACCCACCUCACUCCUAUAAUCGUUUUAUCAAACUUAAUUCACUUCUUAGCAAUGACUACAUAAUGCAUGUAUUUAUGUGUAUGUAUAAAUUGUGUCAAAUGGUAUGUAAUGAAACUGAUACACGCCUGAAAUCUACCUUGAUCAUACAUAGAUAUACAUUAAUACUUAUAUAUUCGAGAGUUUCGUAAUCAAACUCGUUCCACUCUCAAACCAGGUGGCAUUUAAAUCCAAAAUUUCUUAUCCGUAUAUGUGAUUGUGAUGAGAAAUAAUUUGUGUCAAUUCACUGUGUUCAACUCUUGUACUAUUUUUCACGAUAUACUAAAACGCAAACUGUGCUCAUUUCAUUUGGUUAUUUCAGGAUAUUUACUAUCUGUGAAUUUUUUGUACAAAUUAUUUGAAUAUGGAUGAUAUUUACCAUAUGGAAAAUGCAAUAGUCAUAAUUUAUGUGAUCAAAUUCAAUAAACAAUCUGCUAUGUCCAAC